GCUAUUUUAUUAAGAGCAGUUAGACUUCAGACGUGUGUAUUCGCGGGACCCGGACAUCAGCUUUUCAAAAUGCGGAGUUGGAUUAAUGAGAUCCCCAAUGCUGUAAAGAAAGACAGACCGCUCGUUAAGUUUAUGUGUAUUAUACACACUAUUAAUCCGCCCAGCUGUGGGUCAAAUGGCGCAAUGUGCCAUACCCCCAGUGCGUUAAUAUCGGUAGAUAAGAGUUCCUCUUCACCAAUCAGGUGUUUACAACCGCAUUACAGGUGCGUGCGUAAAACCGUAGAAACCGAAAGUCUUUUGUGGCAAGGGGCGGUUGGCAGGUGACUCGCGCUGGCUGUCGUUGACAGCUGUAGACUCGAAGACAACUAAGGACAAAUAGGCCUAUACUUAAGGACUCUGGUGAUGGCUGAUGCGCCGCUGCACAAUGGCGCCCCCAGUGGUGGUACUGCAGGCACAAGUGACACACCAGAAACUCAGAAGAACAAAAAAAGACCUUCUAUGGCCUUUAACGCUGUGGCAAGUGUGGUGAGUCCGGUUUCCAACUUUGUGAGGAGUGUGUCCAUUCGGAGAAGCAAGACGCCCAAGAAGGACUCACAGGCCCCGUCCAGACACCAACAAACCACACCCACCACUACUGUGGUCCGGGCGGGCGAGGAGACGGUCUCUACUCAGGGUGACGUGGAGGUCGCGGCAGGGUCAAAGGUGAAAGGUCAGAAUGGGAAGGUGGGAUCCUACAGCACCAGCCACAGACAGAAGACCAGCCGACCGGCCAUACCAGACACCUUCAGACCCGGUGCAGCCACAGGCACAGGCACAGACAAGUCUGGAGAUAAGAGUGUGUUAUCGAGGGCGACGUCUGUGAGGAGGAGUCUGAAGAUGAAGUGGGAUGGACCUAAGAAAAAGGACACGGCCACACGGCCAGAGGUCACUCCAGAGGUCGUGGAGGUCACCACAGAGGUCAAAGAGGAGAGGCCAAAGGUCAGGGACUCCUACAACCUGCCUCCUCCACCAACCACAGCUCCCUCAGUUAUGGAGGUGAAGUCCCUGAUUGACAGUGGUGACAUGUUAGUGGCUCUGGUGAAUAUCUUGUUUUUGCGUGAGGAGUGGCUGCAGUCCCAGACCUCUCCAGAGGGGGCGUCAGAGGGCGUGACGUUGACGGACCUGCAGCUGCUGUACGGGGCGCUGCGGGACAAGAUGGCGACCAUCGUGCGGGAGUCGAGCGCGCUGCCGGCCCGCAACAAGGAGCUGCUGGUGGGGGUGUGUCGCGUGGUGCAGGAGGAGGAGCGUCGGGAGCGGGGGGGCCAGGCGGGGGGGCUGGGGGGGUGGAGGGAGGCCUGGAGGGAGGCCGUCACCUGCGGCGUCCGCCAGCAGCUGGCCGCCGUGCACCUGGACACACCUGAGCACAACACUUCCUGGUUGGCCGUGCACCUCGGCCUUCUGGGUAAAGCCAUCGUGGAGCACCUUGAACAGGUGAAGGCGGAGCUGCAGAACUCUUACCCGCCCUCUUUCUGCAUCUUCCAUACCUACGUGGAGGUCUGGCACCAGUUGGUGACCGAGCAUCUCUCCAGGCUGGUCUCGGGUCUGAACAUGGAGGGGUCGGAUCAGAACACACAGGGGGCGGGUCAGAACAUGCAGGGGGCGGGUCCAAACACCAAGCUGACCUCAGAUCAGCCCAAACUGCAGGGUAAAGACUUCUACGCUCUGCUGAACUUCAUCUAUAACCAAUACAGCGGGGAGAGCAUUAUGGGUAGUGAUCGUCUGCAGCCGGAGAUGGGGGUAGAGCUUAAAAAGCUGUCAGCCAAUCAGGAGCUACUGGAGACGAUUACAGAUGGAUUUUGCACACACACACAGGCGGAGGUCAAACGUCAUCUAAAGGGCGUGUUGCGAGUUGAGAAGGAGGAGCUAUGGGAGCGGAAAGCCACGCCUAAAGAACGACACACACACGGACACACACUCUCCCCUUUCCCCAUGGACAUCGCACGGAUGGUAGCUGAGCUCUGCAAGAGAGCUGGAGACCUGAGCAAAGAGCUGCGACAGAAAAUAGCACAUGUCUGUCUGGAAGAGAUCGAGAUCUUCACCACCAAUUUUGUGCCUGAGUUCCUGUCCUGUAACAGGCGUUUGGUGUCGGACUCUUCUGACCUGCUGGAUCAAACUCUCUGGAUUAAAUACCACACGACCUAUAUGAACAGCUUCACUGCACUGGGGGAGCACAUGGAAAGCUAUAGAAGCUGCAGUGCUGAUCAUGUGACAUCACUGAGCCAAUCACUGGAGGGGGCGGAGCGAAAACUGAAGGAGAGUCUCCUCAAACAGCUGAUCUCAGACAUCAGGCCGUUUUCAGAGCUGCUGAUGACUAAGAGGUGGUUGAGUGAGGAGCAAGACUUUAAUCAGAUCACAACACGCGUAGACCAAUUCUACCAGCUCUGCACAGAGCUGUCACACACACACCUCCAGGCGUUUGUGGGAAAGCUCCACCUGGUGGUGUGUCGUGAGUACUUCAGGCCGCUGAUGACCACAACCUACUCAUGUAAAGGACGCCCACACAAGAACCAACGAGCUGCAGAAACACUACACACACAGUGGAACGCACUACACACACUCUUCACUGACAUGGGUUCUGAGGAGGCUUGGCUCCUCCCUCUUGGUGCUUACCUUAGUAACAUCCUCAAGCAGAAGAGUGAAAACAACAUCAACGAGGAAAUACUCGAACCCCUAAUAACUGACUACCCUGACAUCAGUGAGAGGCAUCUGAUGGCUGUGUUACGUUUCCGUGGUAAGUGGAGUCCUGCGCGUGUGGUCAUCCAGCAACGAUUCACCAAACUGAACAAAACACACAAACUGGGAGAGGACAGGAACUUCUUCAAACUCAUACAGUGACUCCAGUCGAGCAGAGGCUUGAUGACACUGCAGCUGCACGUCCACCCACACACCCACAAUUAAUUACACUCAAUGAGUCUUCAGUAUGCUGUAAAAAGAUGUUUAAUCAUGUCUGACUAUGUUGUAAUGAAAUGCUUUAUAUAAUGUACUUUAUGCAGACUUCUUACUGAGUCUUCUUACCCAUGUUCCCAGGGUCAAUACAGGUAAAGGUUAAUUAACAUACAACCCACUCUUUAGCUUAAUAAUAACAAAAAAAGUUAUACAGUUACAUCCUAGGGUUGAAUGAUGUAACAACAGAGGGUUUCUGGUUCGAAUCCCACCCUUCCACUCCCUACCCAAAUCCAUUGCUGACAUGUCGUUUAGCAAGACACCACAUUGCUCUAGGGACUGUAACAAAUUCCUAUAAGUCACUUUGGAUAAACACAUCAUCAAGGUGUAAUGUACUGUAAUCUAAUGUUAUGCAGUCACACACAGGGCAUUCUACCAAACAGGCGACACCCAGUGCUCACCGUGAGUACUGUUGCAGGGUGUGUGUGUUUGUGUGUGUGAGAGAGAGAGAGAGAAAGAGAGAGAGAGGACACCAGCAUUCAAGCUGCUCUAUGAUCUGUGUCUGUAUUUGUUUAAUCUAUAGUUUUGUGUCCUUAUUUGUUGUAUAUCUUCUUGCACUUGAUGUUUUUCAGCAUGCCAGCUGGUAUCUGCUGCUUUUGUCAUUCAUAACAAUAAAAUUAAUAAAUAU